UUGGCUUUUUCAUAGGAACGGGAAGUGAUCUCUUCGAUACGAUCAUCUCCUCCAUAGGAAUCAUGGCCUUUAGUGCGAUAGUCGCUCUCAAUAUCCUCGCAGCUUUAACAGUCGCCAAGGUAAACACCAAAAUAAUUAAAAAGAAAUUUCCAAUUCUAAUUCAGUUAAUCAUCUUUAUCGAUUUAAAACUUUUCCAAUCAAAACUUAAUCAGGUUUCAUUGUGCCAUUCGGUUAACUAUCAGAUCGCUCGACGUUGUAAAUUAACUUUAUCUACGAAUUUAAAAUUAUUAGCGACCUGUGAACGAAUGAAUAUCAAUCGGAUCGGCUUCAGUCUCGGUGGUAUUUGUACCUUAGAUUCAAAGACUUUCCUAUUGUAUCUCCUCGAAAACGCUGGACUGAUGCUAAUGUUCAUCACCAAUUUCAAUAAAUCAAAGUGAUUAAUCAACUUGAUUGAGUUGGAAGAAAAUUAAAUCGGAUAAAAAUGGAGACCAACAAUUAAUUACGAUUCUUUAUGGUUAACAAUUAAAACUAAUUGUUAUUAGUUGUUAAUCACAACUAUUAGUUGAAACUAUUGGGAAAAAAAAUUCACCUUCCAUUAAAUUGUUAUUGUAAUGAAAGUUAAUUGUCUUUACCAAUUUUAGUAAUUAACCUUUACGAUUAAAUCAAUCAAAUUGAUUAUUAUUGUUCAUCCAAUGUUAAUGGUGGAUCAGCAAUUUACACAUUCGUAAAUUGUUAGCUAUUAAUUAAUUGUUUACAAAACGAUUGAAAUGUAAUAACAAUUAACAGAAACAAUUGAAAAAGUGAAACUCUUGUCAUUUUGAUUAGUAAUUAAUUUGAUUAUUGUGGUUAAAAGGUUGACAGUUGAUUUGAUUGUCUAUUCACAAUCAACUCUAAAUUGAUUUUUAUUUCUUGUUUUCAUCAAUUAAAUUGUCACACAGAAAAUUUAAUGCAAAUGAUUAACUUUAUGGUGAAAACGAUAACGAUAACAAUUAAAUUCAUUACAA